AAAUCUUUCGACACUAAGCAAUCUGUAUAUUUUUGUUUCAUACGAAAAAAAAACAACAAAAUACCUGUUUUUCGUUGCGUAGUUUCGUCUUGAAACUGCUUCCGAAAUUCCGCUCAUGGAACAGAAAACUCAACACCUGAUACCUGCUGUUUCACCCAACACAAGCCACUUGUUGCAGAUGCUUUAAGCCUAUUUAGCCAGGUAGGUUUCAAGCCCUCUACAAACAUUUGGCAGUGCCGCAAAGCCAUGAAGCAAGAGUUGCAGUUGGUUCUCCUGAGUCUCGGGCUCUGGCUGAGGUGCUGCCUGGCCAUAGACUUCUGCGGGAUUGAGGCCUGCCGGGGAAUGGCUCAUUUGGGCUGCAACAACAGCAUGAAAUUCGAUCCAAGCUGUCUGCGGGAACACACCGUAGUCAACAUGGAGAUGUACCGUCGGUAUCUGGUGGCGAUGCACAACAUGUACCGCCAGAGGGUGGCGGGCGGGGAAGUGAGCGGGCUGCCAAGGGCCCAGCACAUGCCGGAGAUGGUGUGGGACAUCUAUCUGGCGCUGGUGGCCGAGUACCAUCUGAAGAGCUGCCUGCGGGAGCUGCACAACCUGUGUGUGGCCACCGACGACUUCUCCGAGCCCGCAUUCAGCUACGGCGAGGAUCUGCAGCCGCGUUCCGAGCGCCUCACCUCGAACAUGCGCCAGAUGACCUUCCUCACCGAACAGUGGCUGCACGAGGUCUACCUACUGAAGAGCAUUAACACGGAGUCGGCGCCCAAGGCGAUACGCAACAUCAUCACCGAUCGCGCCGCCUACAUGGGCUGUGCCGCUGGCCAGAGCUACGACAAUCGGCAGGUUCGAUUCGUCCUGAUAUGCUACUACGACUGGGGUCCCCCCCGCCACCAGAACCUCUACGCGACGGGCCACUUCAAUGAGAGGCGCUGCCCCGGUGGCAGGAGCAGCCGCCACACGAACCUCUGCAGCACGGUACCCAAAAAUGACUAGAAGCCUGCCAGAAUAAAUACUGCAAACGCUCUGAGUAUAAUUAAAUGUGCCAGCCACUUGGGCAAUCAAAAUA